AUGUCAGCUCUGAAACAAGUAAAUUUGUUUAAAGUGAUUAGCAUUGGCUGUCAAACACUUAGGAAUUUCCAUCUAAAUCCAGUUGCACAUGAUGUCAAAUGGAGAAUGGAAAGAAAAUUAUGUAUAAAUCCAAAUGCAUUUGGACCAUUAACAAAUCUACCAGAUUAUUCAUUUAAAGAUGGUAGACCAGUUCCUUUUGGCUCAAAUCAAAAGAGACGUAUAGAUAAGCAGCGUGAAAAUCUUGUUAGGAUAAAAGCACUAGUUUCAGAAAUUGACUAUGCUGUGAUAAAACAUGAAGAAAAAUUGAAGAAAAUUGAGGAAGAGAAGCAGAGAAUUCUUGGGCGUAAAUUAAAAACAAAAGGUGACAAACUUCUGGCUGAUGGCCCUGACAUAUUAAAAAUUGUAGAUAAAGAGUCGAAAGAAAAUAAUAGUAAACUUUUGACCAGUGAUUCAUAG